UUCCUGGUGGCGGGCCCAGGAGGGCGGCGAGGGCGGCGCGGCCUAUAAAGGGCCCUCGGCGCCGCUCGGGCCCCCCUUUCCGCUGUCGGCCUCGGAAGAGGAGGGUCCGGGCCAAGUAGGAGCCUCAAAGGGGGGAGGAAAAAAAAGGGGGAGGGAAAAAAGCCUUAAAAAUAGCAAAAGAGAAAAUAAAUAAAUAUUAAUUUAAAAAAUAAUAAUUACAAAACUCCAGGAAGGAGGGUCAGUAAGAAAACAGCACGAGUAAGAUCCCUAACGAGACAGGAAAAACCCUCACAAUAAUACUAAUUAAAAUAAUAUGAUCGUAAUAUAAUAUACUAAGAAGAAUCGCCAGGAAUAAGAAGGGAAAAUAGUAAGAUAAUAUUUAAGAGGGAAGGGAAAGCAUCGUGAUAAUCAGAAAUAUUCUGAUUUCCCUGCCUUAUUUCUCUCUCCUGUGGUAUGCUCAUUUUCUGUCUUUCUAAGCUUUUAAUUUAAAUUAGUCUGUUCCUUUGUGUGUGUUAUACUGCCCACAAAGGUUUCUUUAUAUUUUUGUCUUCGCCUUUGUGAGUCUUUUAUUCCCCCCCUUAUACAGAUUUGUUUAUUCCUAUUUAUAUUGAUAUCCGCAUUCAGUUUAUUUCCCGCUUCUAAUCCCUUUGCUGUAUUUUUAGUAUUUUCCCUGCCAUCAUUUUCCAAAGAGGGAAGAGCAAAUUCCAAUAUAAUAAUAAUAAUAAUAAUUGCCAGGAAUAAGGAGGGAAAAUAGUAAGAUAAUAUUUAAGAGGGAAGGGAAAGCAUCGUGAUAAUCAGAAAUAUUCUGAUUUCGCUGCCUUAUUUCUCCUUUUCCACUUUGUGUGGUAUGUUCAUUUUUUGUAUUUAUAAACUUUUAAUUUAAUUUAGUUCUUUCCUUUGUGUGUGUUGUAUUGCCCAUAAAGGCUUCUUUAUAUCUUUUUCUUCGCCUUUGUUGGGUCCUUUAUUUCCCUUUCCUCUAAUACAGAUUUGUUUAUUCCUAUUUAUAUUGAUAUCCUCAUUAGCUUUUCUCAAUUUACUUCCUGCUUCAAAUCGGUUUGCUGUAUUUUUAGUAUUUUCCCUGCCAUUGUUUUCCUUUCCAAAUCGGAAGGAGCAAAUUCUAAUAAUAAUAAUAAUAAUAAUAGUCGCCAGGAAUAAGGAGAGAAAAUAGUAAGAUAAUAUUUAAGAGGGAAGGGAACGCAUUGGGAUAAUCAGAAAUAUUCUGAUUUCCCUGCCUUAUUUCUCCUUUUUCACUUUGUGUGGCAUGUUCACUUUUAGUCUUUUAAAACUUUAAUUUAAUUUAGUCUUUUCUUUCUUGCCCACAAAGGCACCUUUCUUUUCCUUCCCUUUUGUGUGUCCUUUAUUUCCCUCCCCUUUAAUACAGAUUUGUUUAUUCCUAUUUAUAUUUAAAUCCUCAUUCGCUUUUCUCAAUUUAUUUCCCUCUUCAAAUCCCUGUGCUGUAUGUUUAGUUCAUUUUCCCUGCCAUCGUUUUUCUUUCUAUCGCCUCAAGUUUUAAAUACUAUUUCACUACCUGCCAGAUCUUUCUGGAGAAGUAUUUAUUUACAGAUUUAUUUAUCUGUAUUUACUUGAGUUUUAUUGAGGGGGGGGGGGUGAAGCUCCCCAAAGGAGAAUAGAAAUUCAUUUCUUUUCCUCUCUUUAUUCAAAAUCCGUUCAAUACUCUCCUCAAAUCCCUUUACUGUAUUUUUUUUGCCACCAUUUUCCUUUCUGUUCUCUCAAGUUCUGUCUUGGUAGUUAUAUUAUUAUAAAUAAGAUCUUAGUAUUUAAGUGAUCCCACCAUUUAUCUGCCUGCCAAACUUUUCUAGAGAUAAAUACUGUAUUUGCUUUGACUGUAACAAUCAUUGGAUGACUGUUUGAUCUGUUUUGCACUAAUAAACUCCACUGGAGAAGAAACCAUAAAUAUAUGUAUGAAGGAAUAUAGGUUUUUAUUUUUAAAGUCUCAGGGUAGAAUUAGCCUUGAAGUAAAACCUUAAUUUAAAAAGAAAAAAAUAAGAUUCCCCCACCCCAAGAGAUUAUUAUUUUUGUAAAGUGGGAUUGAAUUGUUUAUUUUUUAAAAAAUAUUUUAAAACUGCCUUCGGAAAUAUAUGGAUUUGGGGAGUCUUUCUAAGUCUUCCAUUUAGCCCUCAACUGGCCCUUCUCAGAUAUUUGUGCCAUUAAACAUUUGCACUGUUUUAUUGUUUAAGCCCAUUAGCUGCUUUUCCUAUCCAAUUGAAAGGGCUUUCUCAUAAGUCCGACCUCGCUAAACGUAACUCUGAAAACUAGUGUUUUUAAAAAGGUAAUUUUUUGGGAGGCAUCUCUUAAGUCUCAAGGCCUACUUUGGGGGGGAAAGGGGGAUGAACGCGGCUGCCAGCAGCUACCCCAUGGCCUCCCUGUAUGUGGGGGACCUGCACCCAGACGUCACAGAGGCCAUGCUCUAUGAGAAGUUCAGCCCCGCCGGCCCCGUCCUCUCCAUUCGCGUCUGCAGGGACAUGAUCACCCGCCGCUCUUUGGGCUAUGCUUAUGUCAACUUCCAGCAGCCUGCGGAUGCUGAGCGAGCCUUGGACACCAUGAACUUUGACGUGAUCAAGGGCAAGCCCAUCCGCAUCAUGUGGUCCCAGCGAGACCCUUCUCUGAGGAAGUCUGGUGUAGGGAACGUCUUCAUUAAGAACCUGGACAAAUCUAUCGACAACAAGGCACUUUAUGACACUUUCUCUGCUUUUGGGAAUAUCCUUUCUUGCAAGGUGGUGUGCGAUGAGAAUGGCUCUAAGGGCUACGCCUUUGUCCACUUUGAGACACAGGAUGCCGCCGACCGGGCCAUUGAGAAGAUGAAUGGCAUGCUGCUGAAUGACCGCAAAGUGUUUGUUGGAAGAUUUAAGUCUCGCAAAGAGCGGGAGGCAGAGCUGGGAGCCAAAGCGAAGGAGUUCACCAACGUCUACAUCAAAAACUUUGGGGACGACAUGGAUGACGAGAGGCUGAAGGAACUGUUUGGCAAAUAUGGCAAGACCCUCAGUGUCAAAGUCAUGACAGACCCUACUGGAAAGUCCAAAGGCUUUGGCUUUGUGAGUUUUGAAAAACACGAAGAAGCCAACAAGGCCGUAGAAGAAAUGAAUGGAAAAGACAUCAAUGGGAAGAUGGUGUUUGUGGGCCGAGCACAGAAGAAAGUGGAGCGCCAGGCUGAGCUGAAGCGCAGGUUUGAGCAGCUCAAGCAGGAGAGGAUCAGCCGAUAUCAGGGAGUUAAUUUGUACAUUAAGAACCUGGAUGAUACAAUUGAUGACGAGAAGCUGAGGAAGGAAUUCUCUCCUUUUGGUUCUAUUACAAGUGCCAAGGUCAUGCUGGAAGAGGGGCGCAGCAAAGGCUUUGGCUUCGUCUGCUUCUCCUCCCCAGAGGAGGCCACCAAGGCCGUGACAGAGAUGAACGGACGCAUUGUGGGCUCCAAGCCAUUGUACGUAGCCUUGGCCCAGAGGAAGGAGGAGCGCAAGGCCCACCUCACCAACCAGUACAUGCAGCGCAUUGCAGGAAUGAGAGCCCUCCCGGCCAAUGCCAUCCUCAACCAGUUCCAGCCGGCGGCAGGAGGUUAUUUCAUGCCUGCUGUGCCCCAGGCCCAGAGCAGACCCCCUUACUAUGCCCCCAACCAGAUGACGCAGAUCCGGCCCAAUCCUCGCUGGCAGCAAGGAGGACGGCCUCAAGGCUUUCAAGGGAUGCCCAACAUGCGCCAGUCUGGACCAAGGCCCAAUUUGCGCCACUUGGCUCCGGCCGGAAAUGCCCAGGCCUCGCGGGGUUUGCCUGGUGCCCCCCAAAGGGUUGGCAUCCCUCCCACGGGUCCGAACUUAGCCCCUCGGCCCCCUGCAGCUGCCCAGGUACCCAGGGCUGUCCCUCCCUACAAAUACGCCUCCAGCGUCCGAAGCCCCCACCCAGCAGUCCAGCCCUUGCAGGCCCCGCAGCCUGCAGUCCAUGUCCAAGGACAGGAACCCUUGACGGCCUCCAUGUUGGCUGCUGCUCCUCCCCAGGAACAGAAGCAGAUGCUGGGUGAGCGCCUGUUCCCCCUCAUCCAAGCCAUGCACCUCAGUCUGGCGGGGAAGAUCACCGGGAUGCUGCUAGAGAUUGACAACUCUGAGCUGCUGCACAUGCUGGAGUCUCCAGAGUCCCUCCGCUCAAAAGUGGAGGAGGCCGUGGCGGUGUUGCAGGCCCACCAGGCAAAGAAAGAAGCCGCCCAGAAAGUGGGCAUCGUUGCUGCUACCUCUUGAAUCUGGGAGGCUGGUUGUCAAAAGCCAGAUGUCCCGCACCUCAAAGAAACUGUCUGAUAAAGAUGUGUAGAAAUGAAUGUGUCCUUUACAUUUCACAUCAACAUCACUCACAAUAUCCCAGUGCGUGAAAAUCAUCUUAUGUGCCUUAUUUUCAAUUAAAAAACCCAAAAAUACACAAACAUACACUGGAAAACCUCCAACAUAUCCCCCUUUGGGUCAAAAUAUACAGUGCUUCCUUUUCACACAAUUACCUACUGUGUGUUUCUGUGUUCAAGACCUUGAAAUGUUUUUUGUCUGACCAGAUAUUUCAUUUGGUUUUAAUGAGACAAUCUGUUUGCCUGAUGUAGCGUUUAUCAAUAAACAGAAGCAUUUUCUGAAA